AUGUUUGGAUUGACAUCAUUUAUAUCAAAUCGUUCUAUAGUCUCAGCAGGUAACAACUAUCUUCGGAUAUCUCUGAGAGCGUCGUACUCCAUAGCUUCAUAUUUGGGUAAAUGGUUUCAGCUUCAAAAGGUGGUCUAUCCUCCACCCCCAAAUCAGAUAACUACUCAAAAUAGGUUAUUUCCCACUUAUAUUGAAAGAGCUGAUGAAAUUGAUCCUUUGAUACUUUUUAAGGAUCCUACACUUGUUAACUUCACAUAUGCAACUCCUCAGUGUAAUGAGGUGACUAAAGCAUUGUUUGAUAUCUUGGGGGAUAAAAGUAAAUAUCCUCAUAAAUUCUCCAUUAAUUUGAUAAAUGUAUGGGCUGACACAGCUGGUGGGAAACUGUUAAUGCAUAAAUAUGUUGUUGGAUCUAAGAUUCCAGCUAUUCUUCUACUUCAAGCUCAAUUACCAAGAGAUAAGUUUGUACCAACUUUCCCAUUUGACCCUGAGGAGUUAGAAGCUUGGAUAAGAACCAUCAAACAAUAA